AUGGCCCAGGACAUUACGCCAUUUUGCGAGGCUGCUGGGAAACUGGACUUUAGCACAUUGUAUAUUUGGCAAGACAUUUGGAAGGCUGUCAUGAAUGCGAUAGUCCCCUUUUUCAUCGCCUACAUGUUUCUGAAGAGGAUGAUCUGGGUGCACAAGGUUUUUCAUACGUGCUGCAUGCUCUCAAUGUCCUCAACCCUAUUAUUGCUCCUCCUCGAGCGAGCCCUGUCUCUGCACCCCAAAUCUUCUGACCGUAUCUGCCGGCUGGUCUGCCGAGCAUUUAUCUGCCUCGAGCUCACCGUAUUCUCAGUUAUUACGCUGCAAUACUACGUGCUGGAAGGCGACCAAGAGUGGUAUAUUUUGCACUGUCAGGAGGAGACAAAGAUAAUGCCCUACUACACAGUCGUCAUGCCGAUCCUAUACCUUUACGCGUUGAAAAAGUUGAGACAACGACGCAACGACGAGUUCCUGUCGAUCAAAGAACCCCGAUUAAACGGGAAAAUCGUGCCCUUCUCCGAGAUCUACCACAAGAAGCUGCGCGACGCUUGGCAGACCUUGGAUGCGCUUCCAAAACAACGGAAUAGCAAA